GCCAUGGUGGAUGAAUGAAUUAGGGACUCUAGCUCGGAAUAGUCGCGUCCAAUGCUGUGAAGGCCGACCUCCCACACUGACGAUGACUUCGUCUAGGGCCACUUAUUGGGAAAAAAUUGUGGGAAAAUGUGGAUCAGCCAGAAGGUCACACGUCGCUUCUAUGUAGAGAAUAUAAGCUUGAUCGCUGCGGCUGAACAUUUCUUCGCGGCUAAGAGGCAAAGCAGUCUGGGGAAAACGCUUCCCCGGCCCACGUUCUCACUCACCGGGGACCAUGGCAAAGCAAAUUUUUUGCAGAGAGAAAGCGUCCAUCGUAGUUCUCGACGUAUCGCAGCUCUUUGAAGCAACCCCAUGGCGCCCCAGUCUGGGGCGGACCUUGACGGAACUUGUGGAGAUAGUUCGAAUGAAGCGUCCAUCCGCAUCUAUUUAGUUUUUAAGAUGCUCUCCACGCCCGAAACCCAGGUCUCACUUUUGUUGUGCUCAAAACCACCUCCCUCUUGUUCAUCCUAGGUCGCCCCCUGUGUCGAAGAAUCUUCUGUGUCACCUUUCCCUACUUCAUUUGAUUCUUCGACCCUUUGUCCAUCACGAUGGGCGUUCUUAACGUCGUUGAGGAUCGUCCUACUCCGAAGAAUGUCUACAAUUGGCGAGUGUACUUGCUCGCAGCCAUUGCAUCAUGUGGUUCCAAUAUGAUUGGUUAUACGAGUGCCUUUAUUGGUACAACCAUCACACUGAACUCCUUUAGAGAGGAAUUUGGCUUGGACAAAAUGUCAUCUGCGAAAGUGGACUUGAUUAGCGAGAAUAUUGUCUCGCUGUUCAUUGCCGGUGCCUUCUUUGGGGCCCUCUUUACCUACCCUGUUGGCCAUUUCCUCGGACGCAAAUGGAGCUUGGUGAUCGCGUCAGCCAUCUUCACGUUAGGAGCCGGUCUACAGCUGGGUGCCGAUCACUCCCGCGGACUUGGAAUCAUGUAUGCUGGACGUGUCCUGAAUGGACUCGGUACUGGUGUUGCCUCAAACAUCGUCCCGAUCUAUCUUUCGGAACUGGCACCUCCAGCCAUCCGUGGGCGACUUGUCGGUCUCUAUGAGCUUGGCUGGCAGAUUGGUGGUAUGGUGGGAUUCUGGAUCAACUACGGCGUCGAAAACAACAUGGAGCCUAGCCAUAAACAAUGGUUAAUCCCAUUUGCCGUUCAGCUGGUCCCGUCUGGGCUGCUUUUUGCUGGUGCCUUAUGGACAAAGGAAUCCCCUCGGUGGCUCUUCCUCAAGGACCGCCGACAGGAAGCAAUGGCAAAUCUCUGCUGGAUUCGUCAGUUGAGCGAGACCGAUAUUUAUAUCACUGAGGAGGUGGCAGCUAUCGACCAAGCGCUUGAAGAGCAGGCAGCCACCAUUGGUAUUGGAUUCUGGAAGCCCUUCCAGUCCGUUGGCACACGCCCAAAGAUCUUGUGGCGUCUUUUCCUGGGCUGCAUGUUGUUCUUCUGGCAGAAUGGAUCCGGCAUUAACGCGAUCAACUAUUACAGUCCAACCAUCUUCAAAAGUAUCGGUGUCAAUAGCAAUACGAUCGGAAUAACCACGGGGUUGUUUGGUGUGGUGAAAGCCGUUAUGACAUUCGUGUGGCUUCUGUUCCUGGUUGACCAGUUGGGAAGACGGAAGCUUCUCCUGAUCGGUGCAAUCAUGGGUUCGGUCUGUAUGUGGGUGAUCGGUGCUUACAUCUAUGUUGUCGAGCCCGAGCAACAUCCCACCGACCACUUGAACGGUGGUGGUAUUGCAGCCAUCUUCUUCUUCUACCUGUGGACGGCGGUCUAUACGCCUACAUGGAACGGCACUCCGUGGGUGAUCAACUCGGAAUUCUUCGACCCCAACAUUCGUUCCCUGGCCCAGGCCGCAACCACCGCCAGCAACUGGCUCUUCAACUUCCUUGUUUCCCGCUUUACGGAGCAAAUGUUCGCCGCGAUGGGCUAUGGAGUGUACUUCUUCUUCGCUUCCUUAUCUUUCCUCGCCUUCUUCUUCGCCUUCUUCCUCAUUCCCGAGACCAGCGGUAUCCCGCUAGAAGUUGUGGACCGCCUGUUCGAGGUUAAGCCGGUGUGGCGGGCCAAUGAGAAGGUCAAGGCUCAGAUGAAGGAGGAGGAAGAGCGAUUCCGCUUUGAGAUCAAGGAGGGAAACUUUGAUAAGAGCGAAGAGGAACAUGUGGAGAAUGGCCAUGAGACGAGGGUAUAGAUUUCACGAUAGACUGCAUAUAGACUUGUAUAUAGAACUUGCGUUGGUGUUCUGAUUUAUUUCGGAACUUGUAUAUUUGCCGUUAUCUCUUUUCUCAUGUUUUGGCAGUGCUGUGGUUCAAUAGAAUUGCUAGCUUUAGCGGUCAUUUUCAACUUAUUUGUUAUGGAAAGAGAGAAGAACGUCGAGGCCCUCCAGAUACAAGCAUCCACGCCCGGUACGAGGAAUUGAUUGAUUACCUUGACAAGAAUUUUAUACGUGGACGGUAUGUCAAAUACACGACUCCAGCGGCUCAAUCGUCUCGAUAAGGACUAGUACAAGAUGAUGUUCUACUUCGGAUCGUAUGGGGAACAGAUAUAUAUCUUUGUGGGUCCUCAUACUUAAGCAUCUCGAUUCUUGACGAAAGCUUAUUUGUUCGGCGAAGGAGGGUAAUUUGAACUUCUCCCUUACUCUAAAAAAAAGGGGAUUGAUUUUUGAUCUUCACUAUCUUUGUUUUGCUUCGAGAGAAGAAAAAAGAUAACGUAUU